AAUGGGUAAGAUCCGACCCGGACCGGAUCCAAAAGCGGCAUUGGUCUCAGAGAUUUGUUCCCUGUCGAGAUCACCAAUCUCUUGCAUUCACAUCAAUCGCAACUCAUCCGGUUCAUGUUUCAUCGACUGGUAUCUCAUUCUCGGUAUCCAGGAAGAUGCAGAGAUCAAGCUCAUACGUAAAAGAUACCACAAACUAGCUCUGAAGAUUCAUCCCGAUAAAAACAAUCACCCAAAAGCAGAUACUGCUUUUAAGCUCAUCCACGAGGCUUAUUUAUGUCUUACAGACGAAACAAAGAGAAGAUGCUUCAACACAGACCGAAGGAAGAACAUAUGUAUGAAAUGCAGCUGUGUCGUCUCACACAAAACCAAAGAGAACCGCAAAGAAACUAAACCGAACCGGUUUUGUCAAACCCUCAGGGACAUUAGGGAUAAGUUCAGAGAAGAGAACAUGGUGAUAGAGAGAUGUCUAAAGACCAACGGUGCAAGUUUCAUGGGGAACAUAACCGAGAAGACUCCGGUUUUUGGUAUAUCGAAACAAAAUCGGUUUAAGAAGGAGUCGCCGGUUUUUAAUCCAUCGGAUUAUAAGUUAUGGGGUUAUCCACAUGUGAGGAACCGGGUGUUGGAUAAUAACUUGUCGGAUUGGAAGAUGUUCAUGAGAAGCAGAUCUACAUGUGUUCACUCAUAAAGUUUUUUCAGUUUUUUUUUUUACUUUUCUUUGUCUUUUAGUAGCUUUACUGAAUUAUUU